AUGGCCUGGGACGGCUACAUCAACCAGAACAUCCUCAAGGAGGGUUAUAUCGACAAAGCCAUUCUCAUUGACCAGACUGGCCAGAGCGUGUGGGGGAAAUCUGCUGGGAUCGACCUUACUCCAGCAGAGAUGAACAAGAUCGCUUUCGCCUUCAACAACGCGACAACGGCUCAACAAGAAGGUAUCACUGUCGGGGGAACUAAGUACUUCUUCAACAAGAUCGAUGAACUCGACAACAUUCCCGUGCUGCACUGUGCAAAGGGCAAGGAAGGAAUCAUCGCCGCCAAGUGCUCCCAGUCGAUUUUGGUUUCACAUUAUCCAGAGACCACUCCUCCGGGUAGAGCAAUCGACUUUAUCCAGAACCAGGCCACGCAUCUCAUCAAGAACAACCUGUAA